AUGGCUGUUCCUUAUGAAAUGUUAUUACAUCCAGAGCUUUUACCUAAUGAGAAGUUAAUUCAAAUCAUUCAUGAGAGGCAUCUACGAAUCCCAAACCUGUCAAAUAUAUCUAGGGAUGAGCUAUUAGGAAUAUUUCAUCAGUUUUGUGUUCCUUACGGGCAAAGACGAUAUAGGGAUUCUGGAAGAGGGAAAAUGUUGAAUAAGUGCCGACAGCUAUCACCAGAGAGAACGUUUACAAUGGCUAUAAGUGACAACACAAUAAACAGCCCAUCAUGCUCACAAGUAUCAGAUAAUGGGUCAAAUAAAUCACAUCGAUCAAAUGAAGAUCGGCUCAAACCAGCUUCGGAUCUACUGUCGGGUCAGAUAAAAAGAAUUAAAAUUGAUAGAUCAAUACCUAAUGGUUCAGGUGCAAAAAGGAAGUCAAAUGUAGAUCCUGUAAACAUUUCAUCAGACUGUCCGCCUCCGAAGAAAGAAAGAAAACCCAUCACAUGGCCAUGA